AUGAUAGUAGAUAUUUCCAAAAUAUACCCAAAGGACACAGAGGCACCCCCUGCAGGGGUUGAUGACAUGACCAAGUUAGCUUACCUCCAUGAGCCAGGAGUUCUUUACAACCUUUCUGCUCGGUUUGCUCUCAAUGAAAUAUACACUUACACAGGGAACAUUCUGAUAGCAGUGAACCCAUUCAGGAGACUUCCACAUUUGUAUGAUGUCCAUAUGAUGGAGCAGUAUAAAGGAACGGCUUUUGGGGAGUUAAGCCCUCAUCUUUUUGCCGUUGCAGAUGACUGUUACAGAGCAAUGAUCCAUGAACAUGGAAGUCAGUCUAUCUUAGUGAGCGGAGAGAGUGGUGCAGGGAAAACGGAGACGACGAAAAUGUUAAUGAGAUAUCUUGCUUUCAUGGGAGGCAGAUCCAGAACUGAAGGAAGAACAGUUGAACAACAAGUUCUGGAGUCCAACCCAGUACUGGAAGCCUUUGGGAAUGCCAAAACUGUCAAGAACAACAAUUCCAGUCGUUUUGGUAAAUUUGUAGAGAUCCAGUUCGACAAGCAAGGAAAGAUAUCUGGGGCUGCAGUCAGGACUUACCUUCUUGAAAGAUCGCGUGUUUGCCAAGUUUCUGACCCAGAAAGGAACUACCAUUGUUUCUACAUGCUCUGCGCAGCACCACCUGAGGAUGCCAAGAAGUUCAAACUAGGAGAUCCAAGAACAUUCCACUAUUUGAACCAAACUAAUUGCUAUGAAGUAGCAAACAUAGAUGAUGGAAGGGAGUAUUUGGAAACAAGAAAUGCAAUGGAUGUUGUGGGGAUCAGCCAGGAAGAGCAGGAUGCUAUAUUCCGCGUUGUAGCUGCAAUUCUUCAUCUGGGGAACAUUGAAUUCAUGAAGGGGAAGGAAGCUGAUUCUUCUAAAAUAAAAAAUGAGAAGUCACUCUAUCAUCUUCGUACUGCAGCAGAGCUACUCAUGUGCAACGAAAAAUCACUUGAAGAAUCACUUUGUGAACGUGUUAUUGUAACUCCUGAUGGAAACAUUACAAAACCACUGGAUCCAGCCUCAGCUGCUUUGAGUCGUGAUGCCCUGGCAAAAACAGUUUACUCCAGACUGUUUGAUUGGAUUGUGGACAAGAUAAACAAUUCAAUUGGUCAAGAUCCAAAUGCAAAAAGUAUAAUUGGGGUCCUUGAUAUCUACGGUUUUGAAAGCUUCAAGAUUAACAGCUUUGAGCAAUUGUGCAUCAACCUGACAAAUGAAAAGUUGCAACAGCAUUUUAAUCAGCAUGUAUUCAAGAUGGAACAAGAAGAAUACACAAAGGAGGAAAUCAACUGGAGCUAUGUAGAAUUCGUAGAUAAUCAAGAUGUUUUAGAUCUCAUUGAAAAGAAACCUGGGGGUAUCAUUGCUCUUCUAGAUGAAGCAUGUAUGUUUCCAAAGGCCACACACGAGACAUUUGCGCAAAGAAUGUACCAGUCUUAUAAAGCACACAAACGAUUCAGUAAGCCAAAACUUUCGAGAACAAAUUUCACGAUCAACCAUUAUGCUGGAGAUGUUACUUACCAAGCAGACCACUUCCUCGACAAGAACAAGGAUUAUGUUAUAGCAGAACACCAAGCCCUGUUGGAUGCCUCAAAGUGCCCUUUUGUGGCGAAUCUUUUCCCAUCAUUAGCUGAGGAAACAUCUAAACAAUCCAAAUUUUCUUCAAUUGGAACUCGCUUUAAGCAACAAUUACAAUCUCUAAUGGAAACCCUGAGCACUACAGAGCCACAUUACAUCAGAUGUGUAAAGCCUAAUACGGUCUUGAAGCCAGGGAUAUUUGAAAAUGACAACGUUUUAAAUCAGUUAAGAUGUGGAGGUGUACUAGAGGCAAUUAGAAUAAGCUGUGCUGGUUAUCCAACAAAAAGAGCUUUUGUUGAGUUCCUGGAACGAUUUGGAAUGUUGGCUCCAGAAGUUCUACAUGGAUGUGAUGAGAAAUCAGCAUGUGCAGCAAUUUGUGACAGAUUUGGACUGAAGGGUUAUCAGAUAGGCAAAAGCAAGGUUUUUCUAAGAGCUGGACAGAUGGCCGAAUUAGAUGCACGAAGAACUGAAGUUCUGACAACAGCAGCAAGGAAAAUUCAGAGGCAAAUCCAAACAUAUCUCAUGCAUAAAGAGUUCAUUACCCUUAAAAGGGCCACAAUCGAUGUACAAAAGCUAUGGAGAGCAAGACUUGCACAUAAGCUAUAUGACUACUUGAGGAAGGAAGCGGCAUCUAUCCGAAUACAGAAGUAUCAUCGUGGUCGUACAUCAAGAAUGGCGUACAAGCACUUACAGGAAGCGACACUAUCUGUUCAAACUGGGUUAAGGGCAAUGGCUGCCCGAGAUGAGUAUAGACACAGAAGAAGGAACAAGGCUGCAACUAUAAUUCAGACAGAAUGGCGGAGAUUUUAUGCUCUUUCUGCAUAUAAGCAUCAGAAGAAAGCAACUCUUACACUUCAAUGUCUUUGGAGAUCAAAGGUAGCAAGGAAGGAAUUAAAAAUGUUGAAGAUGGCUGCAAGAGAUGCUGGGGCCCUUAGAGAAGCUAAGGACAAGCUAGAGAAGCGUGUUGAAGAAUUAACAUGGAGACUAGACUUUGAAAAGCACUUGAGGGUUGAUCUCGAAGAAACAAAGGGACAAGAAAUUACAAAGUUACAGAAUAUUUUGCAAGAAAUGCAAGGGAAGCUGGAAGAAGCACACAACCAAAUCAUUUGCGAGAAAGAAGCAGCAAAAUUGGCUAUUGAACAAGCACCUCCAGUCAUCAAAGAAGUAACAAUCCAAGACAACACCAAAGUGGAAGAAUUAACUAAUCAAAAUCAUGAACUAGAGAAUGAAAUUUUAGAGCUGAAGAAAAGAGUUGAAGAGUUUGAGCAGAAGUACCAUGAAGUUGAAAACAAGAGCAGAGGUAUACUUAAAGUGCUGGAAGAUUCACAGCUUAAAGUCUCACAACUUCAGGAAACCAUUGAAAGAUUAGAUGUGAAUUCAUCCACCCUCGAAUCAGAGAAUCAGGUUCUGCGUCAACAAGCAUUGGUUGCUUCAACAAAUGAGGACCUCUAUGAAGAAACCGAACGCCUCCGAAGCAAGAUCAAAGAAUUAGAGUCAGAGAAUAAGUACCUUCAGAACCAAACAACGGUUGUGGAGGUUGUAAAACUGAUAACCACAACAGAAAAGGUUUUGCCACAACUACAGAGUUCGGUUAAUGGACAUGGAAUGGAAGACAGCUUUGAAGCACCUGAUGCAGAGCAAGAAAAGACAAAAGAGUCCAGCAAUGAUGUAUCCUUCCUAACUAAACAAAAAUCACUAACAGGCAGGCAGCAGGAGAACCAUGAUGUACUGAUCAAGUGUCUGCUGGAAGACAAGCAAUUUGACAAGACCAGAUCUGUUGCAGCUUGCACUGUGUACAAAACAUUACUUCAGUGGAGGUCCUUUGAGGCAGAAAAGACACAAAUAUUUGAUAGAAUUAUUCACACAAUUCGAUCGGCUAUAGAGGAUAACAUCAAAGAUUUAGCAUACUGGCUAUCAACAACUUCAACUCUUUUGUUCCUGCUACAAAGUACAAUCAAGGCAAGUGGUUCACCCUAUAAAUCUCCACAACGCAAUCGCUUCUCGCCCUCCACAUUGUUUGGUAGCAUGGCACAAGGUUUCCUUGUAUCUCCUAUGGCCAUGGGUAGCUCUAGUGGGUAUAGUGGAAUGGAAGGAAAGCCAAGUGCACAAUCCAAAAUAGAAGCCAAGUAUCCUGCGCUUUUGUUCAAGCAACACCUAACAGCCUGUGCCGAAAAAUUGUAUGGAAUGAUUCGUGAUAGCUUGAAGAAAGAGAUAAGUCCAUUUCUGAACUCAUGUAUACAGGCACCAAGAUCCACAAGGGUCGGAUCGAUAAGAAGGGCAUCAAGAAACAUCCUUUCAAAUAUUAUGGCAAAACAACAGGCAUCAAGCAUACACUGGCAAAGCAUUGUUAAUAGCUUGGAUCACAUCUUGUGCAUUCUGUCUGAAAACUAUGUUCCUUCAAUAAUCACAAGGAAAAUUUUCAGUCAGAUAUUCUCAUUCAUAGAUGUCCAGCUUUUCAAUAGCUUACUGCUUCGACGUGAAUGCUGCUCGUUUAGCAAUGGUGAAUACCUAAAGUCAGGUUUGCAUGAACUUGAGCUGUGGUGCACGAAAGCAACAGACCAGUUUGCUGGAUGGUCAUGGGAUGGACUACAUCACAUAAGGCAAGCUGUUGGAUUUCUGGUAUCACACCAAAAAACUCAGAAGUCCUUGGAGGAGCUUACAAAUGAACUCUGCCCGAUGUUGAGCAUUCCACAAAUAUAUCGUAUUGGAACUAUGUUUUGGGAUGACAAAUAUGGAACCCAAGGCUUAUCCCAGGAGGCAAUUGGCAAGAUGAGAUCACUAAUGGCAGAAGAUUCAAUCAGCAUGCCCAACAAUUCUUUCUUGCUUGAUGUAGAUUCCAGCAUACCAUUCUCUGUGGAAGAAAUAUCACAGAGUUACCAAGAUUUCAACUUGUCUGAUAUGGAUCCACCACCUCUCCUCCGCCAGAGAUCGGAUUUUCAUUUCCUGUUGCAGCAAACAGAGUGAAACUCUUUAUUACACUUGAUAUUAACAGAAGAAAGAUCAAUUCCACUGUAAUUGAUUGAUUGCAAAUCCCCAUUUUGUUUCUGCGGGAUCCACAAUAUGAUAAGAUGAGUAAUAUGUGAGAUUGAUUUGUUUUUUAUUCUUUCUUCCAUCCAAAAGUCAAAAGAUGACUUGACAAUUUUCGAUAUGUUAUGGAGUGGUAUUGAAAGUGUGAGGGCAGGUGAUUGUUGUAAAGAAGACAGGAACUGAUAUACUUGAAUUUGUUUUAAAGAAGAC